AGUUGUUGAAAAACCAAAUGAUGGAAAAGGAUUUCUCGUUGGUGCGGAAUGAGGAAGAAGAAGAUAACAGGAAUGGGGCGAGUUAUUUGUCAGUGGAGAUGAUGAAGAAGGUGAGUUCCAUGGCAGCUCCAAUGGUGGCAGUUUCGGUUUCUCAGUUCCUCCUGCAAGUCAUCUCCAUGGUUAUGGCUGGUCACUUGGACGAGCUCUCACUCUCAGCUGUUGCAAUCGCCACUUCCCUCACUAAUGUCACCGGUUUUAGCCUCAUCGUUGGGUUUGCAGGUGCGUUAGAGACUCUGUGUGGUCAAGCUUUUGGAGCAGAACAAUUUGGAAAAAUUGGGGCAUACACGUACAGCUCAAUGCUUUGUCUUCUUGUCUUCUGUUUUCCAGUCUCUCUUGUAUGGAUCUUCAUGGACAAACUCUUGGAGCUCUUCCAUCAAGAUCCUCUAAUCUCUCAGUUAGCUUGCAGAUACUCAAUCUGGCUAAUACCGGCUUUAUUCGGAUUUGCUCUUCUUCAACCUAUGACUUGCUAUUUCCAGUCACAAGGAUUAAUUCUUCCUCUCUUCGUGAGCUCUCUUGGAGCUAUCUGUUUUCACAUUCCUUUCUGUUGGCUUCUUGUCUAUAAACUGAGAUUUGGAAUCGUUGGCGCCGCUUUGUCCAUCGGGUUUUCAUAUUGGCUCAACGUGUUUUUGCUUCGGAUUUUCAUGAGUAACUCUGCUUUGCAUCGUGAAAUGAAAAACCUUGGUUUGCAAGAACUCAUCUCGAGCAUGAAGCAGUUCAUCGCCCUCGCUAUCCCCUCUGCAAUGAUGAUAUGCCUGGAAUGGUGGUCGUUUGAGAUUCUACUACUAAUGUCUGGACUCUUACCAAACUCAAAGCUCGAAACAUCGGUGAUAUCCAUUUGCCUCACAACAUCGGCUUUGCAUUUCGUUCUGGUGAAUGCGAUAGGAGCAUCCGCAAGCACAUAUGUUUCAAACGAGCUAGGAGCUGGAAAUCACAGGGCAGCUCGAGCGGCGGUUAGUUCGGCUAUUUUCCUGGGUGGUGUUGAUGCAACAAUAGCAAGCAUCACACUUUACAGUUACCGAAAUAGUUGGGGUUAUAUAUUCAGCAACGAGAAAGAAGUGGCUCACUACGUAACCCAAAUCACACCCAUUCUCUGCCUAUUUAUUUUCGUUAACAGUUUUCUUGCCGUGCUAUCAGGUAAGACGAUUAUACUUUGUUACAUGAAGCCCAAGAAAAGUAUAUUCAACUCUAGAAUUCUUUCAUUACUCAGGGGUUGCCAGAGGAACAGGCUGGCAACGUAUAGGAGGUUAUGCAAGUUUAGGAUCAUAUUAUCUUGUCGGAAUCCCGUUAGGUUGGAUCUUGUGUUUUGUCAUGAAGUUGAGAGGAAAAGGACUUUGGAUUGGUAUACUCAUAGCCUCCACUAUCCAACUAAGUGUUUUUACCCUUGUCACCUUCUUCACCAAUUGGGAACAAGAGGCAACGAGAGCCAGAGACAGAGUAUUCGAGAUGACACCACAAGUCAAAGGCAACCAAAAGACACAAAUUAUAUUGGAAGAGGAUACACAAGUUUUACUUAAUCAUAUUACAGAAACUGUUUAAAUGUGUAAAACCACUUAAUGCAACUCUAUUGGUGUACUUCGUUUUAGCAUUCUAUCUACUAAUUUUGGAUGCUUUACAUUUGCAUGAUGUGCGAUUUUAAUGUUUAU